UCGUCUGCAAUACAAAAGGACUUCGUCACAAGUUGAACAGAGGCACAUGCGAAUAAGCUUGUGCAGGAUACUUAUUCUUCUUUCAGCUUCUUACCGCAGGCACUCCUGCAAAUUGUCACACCUUUUCUGUUACAAACGGACCCUGGCACCUCAUCAGAGAAGGCAUGAGGGCCUGCAUAGUAUUUAUUUGCCUACUGGCUGUGGCAUCCCCUUUCUCAGUAGAAAAUAAUCAUCAUGGAAAACACAGGACUCCCCACAAGGCCAAAGAAAAGGAAAUGGUGAAUGAGGAGGCAAACAAGGCACCGGUCUUACCCACUUUAGUGACUGCUGAAGCCAGCGACCAGACGCAGGAAGAAGGGGAGGCAAGCGCAGAAGACAAUAUUAACAUUGAGAAAAAGACUGUGGACGGUAAAAGUGAGGCGGUCCUGUUGAGCGAGAAGGAACUUGAGGACCUUCUCAAGAAAGAAGUAGCAGAAGAGGAAGAAUCAGAAAAACAAAAGACGAAUGAAGAAGCCGACGAUAGUGUAGAAGAAGAGGAGAUCAAACAUACAGAAAAGCCGGAGAAAUUGUUAAUGAAGCAAGAUGAGCGAGUCAAAAACGAGAGUGUGGAUGUUGGUGAAAUGCUGUUAAAAGAAACCAAAGAUUCAGAAGUGGAGAUGAAAACCAAGAAAAAUGAGGACGAAUCUGUUGAAGAAGAAAAUAUUGCUUUGUCGGAAGAAUCUGAAGGUAGCACUGAGUCAAAAAUGCUGUCAAAAUUUGACUAUGCUAGUGAUAGCGCAAUUGUGCCACCUCUACAGAUAAUUCCAAAGUCUGUUUCUACAUUAGAUAUCAAAGACGAUAAAUUUGAUAGCUUAGUCAUCGAUGGCGUUGGUAUGCAAAACUCAGAAGGAUCAGAACCCCAAAGAGCAUCAGGUCAGGGUCAAAUUCAAGAUAGCGAGGCCAAAGACUCAGAAAUGCAGCGGGUGGGCAAGGAUGAGAAUGGAGAUGGAAAGACAAGAAGACCAAAAAAGAACCAAAGAACACGGAAGCAUUCACCACAAAGGGAGGAAAAACAUGAUGAAAGGGAAGAGAGCCAAGAGGCGUCUCCGGAGAUGGAUGGAGGACACAAUAACAGCACAGUGCAGAAGGCCAAGCGGAGAAGAGCAGGACAAUGGGGCCCAUUAGUAGGCGUGAACCCAGUGCAGAUAAGGGCCAAAGUGGAUCUCUACCCGAUUGCCAGACCCUCUCCUCCCCAGGAAGCUCCCCCUGAUCCAUGUGACAACUUUCGCUGCAAACGUGGAAAAAUAUGCAAACUUGAUGAUGGUAACAAGCCAAAUUGUGUAUGCCAGGAGCCAUCAGAAUGUCCUCCUAGCCUGAACGAAUUUGAUCAUGUUUGCGGGACAGACAACAAGACGUACAACACAUCAUGUGAACUCUUUGCCACUAAAUGCAAACUGGAAGGAACCAAGUGGGGACACAAACUUCACCUGGACUACACAGGACCUUGCAAAUUGAUACCUCCAUGUGAGGACACUGAGCUGGUCCAGUUCCCACUGCGAAUGAGGGAUUGGCUGAAAAAUGUGCUGCUGCAGCUUUAUGAACACGACUCCUUGUCCCCCGGCUACCUCACUGCCAAGCAACGAUUCAGAGUAAAGAAAAUCUUUGAGAGCGAGAGACGUCUUCAUGCUGGCAAUCACUCUGCCGAGCUACUGGCUCAAGACUUUGAGAAGAACUACAACAUGUACAUUUACCCAGUGCACUGGCAGUUUGCUCAACUAGACCAGCACCCUUCUGACAGAAUCUUAUCCCACUCAGAGCUGGCCCCGCUCCGGGUCCCUUUGGUACCCAUGGAACACUGCACCUCUCGCUUCUUUCAGGAGUGUGAUGCCGACAAGGAUAAGCAGAUUUCUGUCAUCGAGUGGACUUCCUGUUUUGGCAUCAAAAAUAAUGACAUUGACGUCAACCUUCUCUUCUAAGGCUCACUUUGAAGCGCACCGACGUCAUCACGUGACAGAUGCUUCAACAGUUAAACUCUGAGCAUGGCCCCUACUCAUACUAUACAAACAAAAUGAAGAAACAUGCCUUUGAUCCAAGAAAAUUAUUUUUCUCUGUUUGCAAUGCUCUUAAUUCGCUGGAAUCCCAACUCUAAACCCUACAUACUAAGGGUGUAACGGUACAUGUAUUUGUAUUGAACCGUUUCGGUACGGGGAGCUCGGUUCGGAACGGAGGCGUACCAAACGAGUUUCUCACGUGAUGUAACCCUUACUUUUCGAGGCUUUGAGUCGAUCGGGUUACAGUUUCUUUGUGUAGAUUAUAUUUACUCCGUCUUCUCUCUACUAUAAUGAGGACCAAUACAGUAGGACUGUGGACAGUAUAACCCAGAAACGUCAACGGCGCGACAACGUGGCCGCCGCGAGAACGCAGUGAAACGCGGGCAUUAAAGUCAAUCAGCCAAUGCACACCAGUCGCAGUGCGGCCGCGUGUUACGCGUCCCAGAAGUGGCUCAACGCGAUGCACGUGAAAAGAAGGGCAGUUUAUUAUAUGACGCGAGACGCGGCCCUCCUGCGUCAAUACUACUAGCUAGGAUCGGGCAGACCGGAAGUCACUCGCGUAAAAAUACGGUGAAUCCGGUCGAUUUUCAAACUAAUAUGCAAUUGUAAUCGACUUUUUGAGUCCAUCAGAUCUCUUGAGUGGUAGAUCGUGGCACAGUUGACUUGUCUUUGUUGAUAUACUGCUGUCAUCUCUGCUAUAAUAAUAACCAACACGGCCCCGUGUUCAAUACAAAACCCUCCUACCACAACAAAACAAGUAGGAACUAAUAUUCACAUAGGAACUAAAGUUAUACAACAUAAAAUAUACAAUAUAAAUGAAUACUACAUCACAUUUGUAAAACAUAAACACAUUAUAAAAUAAAUAAUAGUCCAUUUAAAUAAAAUACACUGAAAUGAGCUAAAACACCUGUAAUUAAAUAAUAAGAAUACUACACAGAUCCUGCUUACACAAUUAAAUUUAUUAAUUUCUGUGUGGCACUUUAACUUGAGAAAAUCCACCAACAAAGCUUUUGAAAACAGUUCAUUAAAAAAAAAAAAAAGAUUCAUUGAGGCAUUUCAUUUGUAAAUAUACAGUAUCCUCCAUAAUUAUUGACACCCCUGAAAAAGAUGUGUUUUUUAGCUUCUAAUAUAUAUUUUUUUAAAUUCAAAUAAUAUGGGACCUUAAUGGAAAAAAAGAGAAAAACCCAGCCUUCAAUACAAGUGCAUUCAUUCAGUGGGGAAAAAAUCCCACAUAAAGAAAAAAUUAUUUGACAUCAAAUAAUGUGUGUCACAAUUAUUAGCACCCCUGGUGUUAAUACUUUGUACUUUUGCCAACAAAACAAGGUCUGGGGACUGAGAUGGCCAUGGGAGGAGCUUGAUUUUGUGUCUGGUUAACAAUUUAUGUGUAGAUUUGGCCAUAUGUUUAGGGUCAUUGUCUUGCUGAAAGACCCAGUGACGACCCAUCUUCAGCUUUCGGGCAGAGGGCAACAGAUUUUGAUUUAAAAUGUCCUGGAUUUCAAAGCAUUCAUGAUGCCAUGCACCCUAACAAGGUUCCCAGGGCCUUUGGAAGUGAAACAGCCCCACAGUAUCACUGACCCACCCCCAUACUUCACAGUGGGUAUGAGGUACUUUUCAGCAUGCGCGUCUUUCAUGGCACGCCAGACCCACUUAGAGUGUUUGUUGCCAAAAACCUCAAUUUUGGUCUCACACAAAAAGGGACCGUGUGCUUUGGUCAGAUGAGACCAAGAUUGAGCUCACAAAAAAAUACACACAGUCCCAGGCUUCAACUGGGACCGUGUGCUUUGGUCAGAUGAGACCAAGAUUGAGCUUUUUGGCAACAAACACUCUAAGUGGGUUUGCUGUUGGGAUUGCUGUUCUUUUUAGCACAGGACUUCUUUUUUCUUCUUUCUUUCAGAAAGACAGUUGACCAAUAAGCGGGGUCUGAAAGGCAAAUUGUUGUUGGAUUAUUAUCUCUAAAUACCUGCUACUUUUUUAGCAGAAUUCUAGCUUUGUAUAAGCUAAUGUUCCUAUUAUUGAAAGCAUAAAAGUGUAUAAUAAACAACUAGCACAUUUAUAUUUUGCAUUUUGUUUUCUUACUCCGCCAAAAAUGAACCGAACUGUGACCUCAAAACCGAGGUAUGUACCGAAUUAGGAUUUUUGUGUACCGUUACACCCCUACUACAUACCUUAAAUAAUACAUUUUGGACAGUUUGAAAGGAUGGGAAAUGUUUUGGUAAGUGUUAAAAAGAAAAUGGACAAAUUGAGCGCAGUUACACUCCAAAACUUCUUGCAGAAAUCUGUUACAGCUCUUUUGUAAGGUCCAUAUCUUCUUUAUUACUUGUUUAUUAAUGACCUGCUGUCAUACUUUAAAUCUGAGAAAAUAACGCCAUUUACUAUACUGUUCAAUGUUUUAGAUGCCACUGCUUUGCCUUUUGUUUAUUAUUAUUAUUAGAAUGUUUAAAAAUAAUUCUCUAAAUCUGUUACAUUGUAGCAAGCCUAAUAUUAGUUGUCAUUGCUGUUAAAUAGAUGCUUUUGCGGCAUCAUUUAAAUAGGAAACAUUGUUCUGAAAUGUGUUACUCACGUUCCCGUAGAAGGUGUUUAGAAGGUGAAAGUGUUUGCACGCUGUAUCAUUUAAAAAUGAAUAA